AUGCAUCCCGGGGCUCCAGCGGCCCCUGGAAUCUCUGAGCCUGGCCCUCGGGAGCUGUGUGCCUUCGUGAGCGGGGCAGCCGCCCACAUGCUGCGUACUCUGCACCCCCGGCGGACCCGGCCCCCCAAGAGGAGGCCCAACCACAGGAGGUUCCUGCACAACCAGAUCUGCAGGCAGUUUGACAAGAUCGAAGCUGCCACCCAGCGCCUAGCCAUGUCCAUCCUGUCCCAGGAGGCGCCUCCCCAGAGACCGCUGCCCCGAAGGCCACCCCUGCCACCUCCAUCCCCCUUCCUGGGGGUGGCCUGUGCUGUGGCCCCCAUGGAGGCACCCCACGCCAGCCCCAGCCUGAGUCUGGCUGCCCUGGGUACCUCCACCCUCGACCUCUUUGAUGACAUUGUGCUGGCCCCAGAGUGUCCCUCAGUGCCAUCCGACCUGUUCCACUGUGUGGGGGGCCAGCCAGAACCAAGGCAGGAUCCACACUUCUUCAGUCCCCUGCUCCCUUAUUCCCUGAGGGGAGGGGAUGAGCUCUUGGCUCCUGGAGGGGACUGGCUGGCCAAUCACGCUCUCAAGACGAACAGCCCUGCCCAUACGGCCUCCCAACGAAGGAGAAGUAGCGGCGCUUGA